AUGAGUGAAAAAGCAGUAAUAGACAACAAAGAAGAGUUUAAUAUACUACAAGACAUUGCAAUGGAAACGCUGAGUCAGGAGACAAUUGAAAGAAUUGGAGAGGACAUUGAGAUUAGUAAUAAAUAUUUAGACAUAAUAAUGGAAUAUAUCAAAAAAUUAAGAAGAGGAAGGUAUAAAAAAGAAAUGAUAGAAGGAUUUAUGAGGAUGAUAAGAAGAAACAAAGAAAUAGUUGUUAGAGUGAUGAUAAAGCAUCGAGGGAAAGGAAAGUGUCUUUGUGAAGAUGAAGAGUUUCAAAAAUAUUAUCAAGUUGAAUGGAAAGAAAAAAGGUGUGGAGUGAUUGAAAUAAUAAGAAGAGAAAAAGCAAUGGAAGAAGUAGUUGAUUCAGAAGAAGGAGUAGAAGAGAUGAUUGAAUGGUUUGACAAGAUAUAUAAUAUUAAAGAAAUAGAAGGACAAACAUUAUAUUUUGAUAAAAGACUAAUUGAAGAAGAGGGAUUAAUAAAGAAAGAAAAAGAAGAACUUUUUAAGGAAAGAAUAAGUAUUAUUGAUUGGAAGUGUGAAAUAGACCCAUUUUUCACGAGGAAAAAAAUCUUAUGUUUAAGAGGGAUUAAAAAAUACAAAACAAGUAAUGGACCGAUUGAAAUUCAAGUUACAUUAGAGUCAAAAGAAGGAAUAGAAAUUAAAACAAUUAUAUAUAAAAAAGGAGAUGAUUUAAGAAAAGAUGAAGGAGCUGAAAUAAGUUUUAAUAUAUUUAAUGUAAUAUGGAAAAGAUUUUUAAAUAAAAACUAUGGGAUUACUAUUAAUAAUAAAGAAAUAAUUGGACAAGCAAAAACAUAUGGAGUAAUAGCAUUAAGAGAAGGAGGAAUAAUUGAAAAAAUAGGAUGUACACCAAUGAAAGUAUUAUGUAAGAUACAUCGAGGACUUACAUGUUGUAUUGAUGGAAGAAUUUAUGAAGAGUAUAGUCAAAAUGGAUGUUUAGAAUGUUCUAAACAACUUAAUAUUGAAAAAAAGAAUAUAGAAAAUAAGAUAAAAUUAAUAGAAAGUUUAGUUGGAGGAUUUAUAGGAGGUUAUAUUAUUGGAUUAAGAGAUAGACAUUUAGAAAAUAUGAAAAUUGAUUUAUGUGAGUCAACUUUUUUUCAUAUUGAUUUUGGAUAUCUUUUAAAUGAAAGACCUAAAUUUGAUGCUAAUUUAUUUGCAAUUCCAUCUGUUUUAAGAAACCAAUUACAAGAAAUUGUUAUUAAUCAAAAUCAAAUUACUAUGAAUUGUUGGGAUAUUUUUUUACUUUUAUCUUCUAAAUCUUUCAUUAUUUUACGUAGAAAUAAUGAAAUGAUUUUAAAUCUGUUAUUAUUAGUUUUUUCUUUUAUUGAUGGGUUUUCUAUUGAUCUUAUAACUAAUACAAUCAAAAAUUCUUUUCAUAUUCUUGACUCUGAGCCUUUGGCUACAAAUAAACUGCUUGAUGAUAUUUUAUCUGUUUCUUUUCAAAAAAUCAUUAAAGACAAUCAACAUGAAGUUUUGUCGUGGAUUAGAAAUAACUAA